UCACCUAAAAAUAUGUUAUCUUCCAUUAGGUUGACCCAAAGAGCCUAAAAGUUUAUGAGUCGUGAACAACCAUCUCCUAAUCCAAAAUAGCUUAAAACCAAAAACUUGACCUGAUUAGCAUUUUUGUACCUCUACUUCUCAUUCUCAUGGUUGAUCAACCAUGUAUAAACUAUCUACCUUUUUUAUAUCCUUUAACUAUCAAAAAAUAAACCUUAAAGUUUAAUCAGAUUCACCAGGGCUCAUCCUUGAGCCAAAUGCAACAAAUGAUGUUUCAUGGUUGAUCACACUAUUCAACCCAAAAUUCACCGGCUUUAACCGCGAGGCAAAUCUAAUCCGGACAGGUCCACGUUUACCUACCAAGCUACCAACUUAGCCCAUUAGAAGCAUUGAAGAUAUUAAAGUUCAAAUCAUAAGUUUACAUUAGCUGAAAAGAGGACCUGUGGGCCGGGCUGGGCCGGGCUUGGUUUGGUUGGGUAUUGAAGCUAAAAAGGAUAUGGUUAUGAACUUCUAUCCUAUAGACGAAGUAUAAUUCAUGAUAGCGAAAUUCAAUGGACAGCAAAUUUCCAUCAUAUAAAAAUAAAAAAAUAAAUGGCAUUUAGAAACUAGUAGAGCUGAAAAGGGUAACACAUACAGGGGGUUGUAGUUGCUCAUCUUGCUACCAGAUUGUUGGUCCGUCUCCAGCCACUGAUAUACCAAGGCCUUGCCUACGGUUUGCCUUUAGCAGGACUUUGAAAUGGCAACAAGAACAGCAGCUACCUAUUCAAUUGCAUCCACCUAUGUCAAUCCUAAACCCAACCUUCCCCGUCAGAUAAAGCCGGCAACUCUAACUCUAAAUUCCCAAUACCCUCUCAGGGGUUUCAGUGGCCUCAAGGCUGCUGCAAUUGAUGUGACUUGUGAAUCAGUAACCUCUUUCUUAGGAAAGGAAAGUAAUACAGCUUUAGUAAGAACUUUUUCUCCAAGAACCCAAAAGUAUGAAAAGAUUUCCCAAUAUCGGUUAAACCCUGAAGCAUCGUGUUAUAAAGUGGCUAUCCUUGGUGCUGCUGGAGGAAUUGGACAGCCACUCUCGCUUCUGAUCAAAAUGUCUCCCUUAGUUUCAGACAUAAAUCUAUAUGAUAUAGCCAAUGUGAAAGGAAUUACAGCAGAUCUUGUUCACUGCAAUACACCAGCUCAAGUGCUUGGUUUUACUGGGACUUCUGAGCUGGCUGACUCUUUAAAGGGUGUGGAUGUUGUUGUCAUUCCAGCAGGGGUCCCACGGAAACCUGGUAUGACUCGUGAUGAUCUCUUCAACACAAAUGCCAGUAUUGUCAAGAGUUUGAUCGAGGUUGUUGCUGAUAAUUGCCCCCAAGCUUACAUCCACAUAAUAACUAAUCCAGUGAACUCCAUGGUUCCCAUAGCAGCAGAAGUGCUGAAGCAGAAGGGAGUUUAUGACCCAAAGAAGCUUUUCGGGGUUACCACAUUGGACGUUGUCAGAGCAAAUACAUUCGUUGCUAAGAAGAAAAACUUGAGGCUGAUUGAUGUUGAUGUUCCUGUGGUAGGUGGGCAUGCCGGAAUCACAAUUUUGCCACUCCUGUCGAAAAUGAGGCCGUCAGUGAGUUUCACCGAUGAAGAAGUGGAAGAAUUAACUCUGAGAAUCCAAAACGCAGGGACAGAAGUGGUGGAGGCGAAGGCUGGGGAAGGUUCUGCUACGCUAUCAAUGGCAUAUGCUGCUGCAAGAUUUGUGGAGUCAUCUCUGAGGGCUUUGGAUGGAGAUGCCGAUGUUUAUGAGUGUGCUUAUGUAGAGUCUAAUUUGACUGAGCUUCCUUUCUUUGCCUCGCGAGUUAAGCUUGGCAAGAAAGGGGUUGAGGCUUUUAUAUCAUCAGAGUUGCAGGGAUUGACUGAGUUUGAAGCCAAGGCGUUGGAGGCUGUGAAGCCUGAACUCAAAGCUAGUAUUGACAAAGGGGUGGCUUUUGUCCACAAGCAACCUGUAGCUGCAUAAACUUAGGGAGAUUAAUGCGAUAAUUCAUUUGUAUACCUGUGACUCCUAGAACUGUGUAUGCUUAACAGUCAGCAUUUCACACAGUCCGGAUAUCAAACUGAUUUAGAAGAGAAGUAAAUAAAACAUGCAGCACCUGAUACUUGUGCAGCACGGUAAGAGGCUUCCUCUGGUUGAUUGAUUUUAUUUGAA